AUGGACCCAGGUAGUAGCGCCGAUGUACUUUUCUAUUCAAUAUACCAAAAUAUGAAACUAAGUGACAAAGCUCUCCAACCAUCUAUAGGAGAACUGGUAGAUUUCUCAGGUGAGCGUGUUCCAAUUCGAGGUUAUAUAUGGUUACAAACAUCACUAGGCAAUUACCCUGAUUGUAAAACUUUAGAUAUCCAAUACCUAGUUGUGGACUACAAAAGCCCAUAUAAUAUCAUCUUAGGCAGACCUUCUUUAAAUGCUUUUCAUGCUAUUGUUUUGACUAUACAUUUGUGUGUCAAGUUUUUCUCACAAGAUAACAAAGUCGUCACCAUCGACGCUAACCAAAAAGAGGCCAGACAAUGCUAUAACACAAGCCUCAAGGUAAACCCUUCAAGACAAGCCGACGAGCAGUACGUACAAGCGGAGAGCCUACCUACUUUAGCAAAUCUAGACCCUCGAACAAACCUACAAGACCGACCUAUGCCUACAGACGCCUUAACAAAAAUAAAAUUGACAAACGAUGAAGACAAGCACACCUAUAUUGGAGAUGCUUUACAAGAGCAAGCAAAGGAACACCUUAUCAAACUACUGCAGCAAAACAUCAACUUGUUUGCCUGGACUCCGACAGACAUGUCAGGUAUUGACCCAAAUGUCAUUUGCCAUAGACUUGCUAUCAACCCAUCAAUCCAACCUAUAGCCCAGAAAAAGCGUCACCUUGGUAUAGACAAGAAGGAAGCCUCCUUAGAAGAAACUCAGAAACUACUCAAUGCUGGAUUCAUAAAGAAACUCAGAUUCACAAGUUAG